UAGGCUAUAAUAAUGAAUCACAUUCUGCUCGGUGAUGUUCGCAAUGACAGGCGCCGAAUUCCGUCACUGCUGCCCACUGUCCAUGUCAGAAUCACACCUCUGUGGACCAAAUCCAUGUCUGUGUCUUUAUUCUCAGCUGAAUCGGGCCGCUGUGACACACGAGUCCUGCCGGUGCACUCAAAUGUGACUCUGCCUGUUUUUCAGUGUCCAGCCUGCUGUGAAUCGACACUUGGCACUGUGCCCGAGUUCAGGUCCAGUUCACGCAGAGAUGAAACGGACUCCUUCCUCCCGGUUGACGUUAAGCGCAGAGGAUUCCCGAGGGCGUGUCCUGAGAAACUUCUCAGCAGGGUUCCCUUUGCACGCCUGAAGGGAUUGCGGCACACGGACGACAAAAAGAAGCCCUCGCGUUGUUGCAUAAAUAAAGGCAUUGUGUUUAUUUUGACGUUUAUCAGAAGACACACAGGCUUAAAUGAAAUGUAGCCCUGACGACCUGGAGCGGCGAUGGAAUAUGAUCUUCUCUGUAGAGCGAACCUACAAUAACUCCAAAAUCGUAUAUAGGUCAUGUGUCGUCAAAUGAACCCUCCUCAAAUGUUUCGAACAGGACUGUAGAUAUUAUAAGGACACUGUAAUGUCUGCUCUUGACGUAGCCAUAACCCCAACAUGUUCCAAACUAGACAGACACCUAAAUAGAUACUUUCCAUAUUUAUCACUCUGGAGUUUUUUUUUUUAAAUUUCCUCUCAGAAAUUGUCAGACGGUGAGAAAUAUCUCGUGCCUGUGUUGGUAUAUAAAGAAAUCGUCUAUUAUUAUCCGCCGGCGAGGUGAGCUUCUGGUCCGUUUCAGUGGGAGAGGGAUUCCCUCAACGUCACCAAGGAUACCAAACACAACAGCAAGGCACAAAUAUGGGCACGUACGUCAUCAGCGGAACUCCGAGGCGGGGCUAAGACGAUAGAAAUGCCUUGUUUGUAGAGGAGGAUGGAUUCAUUCAUAAGACAGGAUCUGCUACCGUGCACCGUAAAACUUGUCAACGUCCUCCGGCGGCUAGUGAACGGACUCUAUGGAUGUAUCAUCUCACGUUUGACGGUAAAGGAGAGCUACUCCGUGGAUUUAAAGCUGAACGCAAGGACUUCCUCGCCGGCUGAGUUGGGAAACGUUCCCCCUGAACGCGGGGAACUGGAUUAAGCUUCUUCAUGCAACUUUUUUGGAACGACACCAAGAGCACCUCACCGGGAAACAACCAGGAGAUCGGCAACGGUCUCGCGUUCUCUCUCGGUCCCUGCGGGGAGAUGUACCAAGGGUUCCCCGGCGACCCCGACAGCGGAUCCCGUGGAAGCUCGUCUCCAUCCAUAGAGUCCCAGUGCCUUUCCUCCGUGGACUCCUUCGGGAGCCCGCCGACCUCCAGUGCUCCGCAGGAGUGUGUGUCAGUCGGAGCUGGCUUGAGCAUUGCAGGCAGCGGGCUAGGGGCCAGUGUCGGCGGGGAGAUGCCAGGUUCAUUCGUUCCCACCGUCACCGCCAUCACCACCAGUCAAGAUCUGCAGUGGAUGGUGCAGCCGACCCUCGUCUCUUCCCAGGCCUCUGGACAGAGUGGGUCCACUGGAACCACAACCAUGACCCAGCCGGUGUCACUGGUUGACCCGUAUGACAUGCCAGGCCCCAGUUAUACGACAAGGUCUGGAUACACUCCUCCAAGUUCAGACACUCCAGGCCCCGCACCGGGCCCCAGCCGUCAGUCCAGAACCCGCAGCCGCCGAACCAGAGACGAGUCUGUGAGUGACGAUGGAGAUGUUGGUGUGUUACUAACACCCGAGGAGGAGGAGAAGAGACGGGUUCGUCGAGAGAGAAACAAGCUGGCUGCUGCCAAAUGCAGAAACCGCCGACGAGAACUGACAGACAGACUGCAGUCGGAGACGGACAUACUGGAGGAGGAGAAGGCGGAACUGGAGGCUGAGAUCUCUGAGCUGCAGAAAGAGAAGGAGCGCCUGGAGUUUGUCUUGGUGGCCCACCAGUCGAACUGUAAGAUCCCAUACCAGGACCAGCCUCCGCAGGGCUCAGGACUGCUGCCUCCGGUCCAGGCCCAGCUCCCUCCCCAGACCUUACAACCUUCCGUCUCCAUUGUUGGCUUGGCUGUGAAGGAAGACUCUUUCUUUCUGCCUCCUGCCUACACAUCCCAUCCGGCCUCCACACAGUCCCAGCCUCGGGUUCAACAGCAGCAAGUCCAGCAGCAAACUCAGCCAGGGAUAAUGCAGGAGGUAGAGUUUCCUAGUUCUUUCUAUGGCUUGAGCGAGCCAGCACCUGGUGGCCCAUGCCUUAUGGCCAGCGACAGUGGUGGUGGUGGUGGUGGUAACCAUGACGAUGCGGCCAUUGGCAGCUACAACACCUCAUACACAUCUUCAUUUGUGUUCACCUACCCAGAGGGAGCCUGCGGGGUCAGUGCCAACCAGAGGAACAGCAGUAGCGAGCAGUCAUCUGAUUCCCUGAACUCGCCUUCGCUGCUGGCGCUCUGACUGACCGAUAGACACAUGCGCACACAAAUCAACACACAUAAACAUUAUACUUGCUGGAAGUAGAGGCUGAGGCAAGUAGGGCUACAAGCACAGUGCCAAUCAGUCUCACAGAUUUAGGGGUGAAAAACAACAUCCAGUAAUUUGCAUCUGACUGGGGUUAGGUCUACAAAUCCUCAGCAUUGAGCUUGAACAUUGACUAAAUUCUGGUUUUGUAUUAUCAAAAAAUACCAGCAACUGGACAAGCGACAUGGAUAAAAACUGAAUCCACGUUGCGAAUUUGAAGUGCUCUGAAUUAACACAUUAAGUCACAACGAAUACUCUGAAUCCUAUAACAUUGAGUAAAAUAAUCUCACUUCACACUCCAACAAGCACCAGAGCCCCCACCCUGUUCCCUCUGCCGGUUGCCCCUUUUCCAGUGCUCUUGCUCUCAUCCUUUUCCAUCCCUUUCUACCUUCUUCCUCUUGCUGAAUGUAUUUGUGCAAAUUUGAAAGAGGGAUGAAGGACACUUUGUUCAGGGUCUCCUCCUGUGGGGGAUUGACUGCUGAUCGCUCGCUUACUUCUAACCCUUCAUCUGCUCGACACCCCUCCGCUUCUUCAUUUGUUGCUUGGACUUUGCAAGUUGGGGAUCUGAGUUUCACAGCCUCCACUAAAUAUUGUUCUUACUUCCUUUGUUUAAAAAAAAAGUACUUCUGCCGUCUGCCUACCUGCCAUGCGAACCAUCUCUACCCAUCUCUGUUUCUACUCUUCUUUCUCUGUGUUUCUCCCUCUCUCUGAAGUCUUCGUCCCCCGAGAGCCCGAAGAUCCCCGAGAGCCCUUGGGACCUUGAGUGAAUGCCGGUCCAACUAACACACCCCUUUGCACCCUCUCAUACAAGGAGAUGGACACAACCCCCAUACACAGAAGAACUGUUAUCUUGGAGCGCAUUGCUCAAAGAGAAUCUUUACAGCGCAGCAGCUAGAUAUUUUUAACACAUGCACACAGACACAUAAUUGAUGAACCUAAAAUGCAAGAUGGAUGCCACUGUCUUCUGCUGAGCCAUUUUUUGAUGUUCACAAGAUGAUGAUAAGAUGAAUCGAAUUAUCUGAGGCAGAUUAAAAGUAAGGACGGAGUGAGAUUUUAGCUGGAUGGAAGGAAGGAAGUGCAAACAAGCUGGACAGACUCAAAUGGAGAGGUGAUGGAUAACCAUCACUUUUUGGAGCCAAAUGAUGAAAACAAAGAAAGAGCCAAAUAAAAAAAAGGAAAAAACAAAUGAGAAAAAGGAAGGAAAAGAUAUACCGCUUUUGCCAGCUGUGUGGGAGGGUGACCUCAGUAAAAACACCUCCACACCACAGAGCCCUGUCACCCUGGGCCUACAUGUGCAUAUCCACACCAUCACUUUCAAGUCUUUGAACUGAAGAUACAGACAUUUUGUUGCAUCGCACCAGCUCCGUGUUUUGCUCAGAAUCGAUCAGAUGUGAACCGAUGCCUUUAUUCAGAGGAGGGACCCGUUUGUGUAGUGAUUCAGCCAACCUCUACGCAUUGGGCUCAGUGGUCUCUGUACCUCCCCUGUUCUCUCAGCGGGGACGAGCUGGGGGUGCAUUUAUUGUGAGUGUGACCACUCUGAGGCACCUGGCCCGUUUAUUUAUUUCUUUAUUGAGGUUGUUGUGGUGAGUGAGCACAAAGCAAGGCCUGGGAACAAAAGGUGGGCUGGUGUCGUGGAGUGAGCAUCCUUUCUUUGCCUGUGAAUUUGUAAAAUUUGUUUUUUUCCUGUAUGUGAGAACUGUUAUGUAUUUUAAUGUUUAUGUUUGUUUCUGUGUUUAAUUGUUCUGCAAUGACCUCUGCUUUCUCUUGUACUGUUGCGGUUCCUUGUUCUUUUAAAAAAAAAACUUUUUUGUUUGUUUAUUUUUAAUCAGGAGGUUUCCUAUUAACUGUUACUAUUAGUAUUUCAUUGUAACUAUUGUUUCAUUAUUUUAUUGUAUUUUUUUCAUUUGGCAACUUCAGAGGCAUGUUGUGCACUACAAAAACAAUUUUAUUAUAAGCCUAUAUGCAUAUACAUAUAUACAGGUAACAUGUAUAUAUAUACGUGUAUGUACCAUGAUUGUAAAAUAUGAAUGUGUGCAAAUCGAAAUGGAAUAUUUUUGUCAUUAAAGAACUAGAUGAAACAUUAUUGAGGUUUAGUUUAAAAAAAAUAUUUUUCUAAAGGAACAAAAAAACUAUAUUAGAUUUAAAGAACUGCCCUGUCUUUAAACAUGAAGCAUGAUGUCACUGCCUCUAUCAAUGUGUAUUUAUGUUUUAUAAACAAUAUAAAGCACUAUCCAGUUACAUGUUGUUUAUGAUCCUGAUGUAAGAAGGUCGUGAUAACGCCUUUGUUUUGUUUGUUUGUUUUUUCUCUGUGAGGUCUGUCCCAAAGCUACUGACACCUUAAUGCCACUUGACCCUUUGCAGAUACAAAAUUAGUGUAAUUGAAUGUCAACACACAUAUUAAAAUAUAUUAUUCAGACUACAAGAUGAUGACUAAACUGUAUAAUUUGAGGACAAAGUAUUUUAUACUCAGUAUACAUUUCUGUCCACUAUAAACAUAUCAGUCAAUACCAUUGUCAUUUCCGCACUGAAAUGUAUCUUUGAAGGAUAACUGCAGCUUACCCUUGAUAUGGUUCAGAUUCUCCAUAUUUGUUCCAAAGCAAAUGUAUUGUCUAAUUGAGUUUUUAAAAAAAGACAUUGUGAUUGUUUUUGCUGGAUAAGCUUUAUUUUCAAUAAAUAAACAGUUUAUUUAAAGCAAUGACUAGAUCAAUAAUAUGAAAUGUGGCUCUUGGUGGUCAGAAACUGGGCAGACCUCAUUUUUAAAUGUUGAAUAAGGACUGUGUUAAUACAGAUAUUGGAGAUGUCUUUUGAUUUCUCUCCAAAUGCAAAUGUGAUGAGAAUAUGUUCUGGUGUGAGAAUAACCAUAAAUCAUAUUCAACAGUUCUCAUGUAUAUAGGUUUUUGUGGUGCUACUUAUAGUAAACUAUGAUGACAAGGCAGUUGCACGUUGUAUGGUGGGAGAUCACACAUUGCUGUUGCAGAGGCUUUCUAGAACACGUUGCUUGUCUCGUUUGGACAUUUUAUUCUGAAAGGAAGCCGAUAACAGUGCGUUCCUUGCAGCUGAAGCUCUGGGAGUAAUUACUCUGUGAUUUCAUCAUAAUUUGUAUCAAUUGACUGCUACAUCUUUAAGCGUAAUAAACAGAUCUCAGAGGGCCCUUAUACUGUACCUGGAUUGGAAACCUAAGCCCCCCAUCACCAGAAAAAUGUGAGGCUAAUUUUUUCAUCAAAGUCCUUUGCUAACUAACUUAGUCGUUUUCUGAAACUGUUUGAAAUCUUUUUUUUUUCCUGUUAGUUUCAAUCACAUCUGAGUGGCUAAUGAAUCGGAAAAGGUGACAAAGAAGAAAAAGGAGAAAUAUUUAGCUACUAGUAAUGAAACACAGAAAAUGCCUCCACCUACCUGUACUGUACAAUGGCUACGUUAGUGUGAACUAACUGAAGAGCUUUCUUAUUUUUCUAUGAUGGGGUGAAUGUUACUAUGUAUUUCUAUUUUUUCACAAGUCUUAUAUGUUGUCUGAUUUCAUGUUUUCCCUAGUAUGGCAUGCAAUACUUAUAAUCCUCUUGGAGAAACAUAAUGUAGCUUAUCACACAGAGCUCAAACUGACUGCUACUAUGUGUCAAGUGUGAUGAUGUAUUGCUUUAAUUGUUUUUACAAUAUUAAGUUAUCCUUAAUACCUAUUGUAAUGUUAAGUUUUGAGACAGUAUCCAAGCAAAAAUUGGUACCUUAUGUUUACGUUUACGUUUAUUGUGUUUUUGUUUUUUUCUAUUAUCGAUGAAUAGCAAGGUUCCUCCAAUUCAAAAAGUCAUAGCCUUUAUUACAAACGGAUGCAUUUCUCAGUGUUUCUUUGAUUUCUGCAAACAUUUUCAUUUUCUUGGAAGCAAAGGUUCCAGUGAUGUCACAUUUGGAAACAGAGGCUAUAUAAUUAGAUAUAUUUUUAGGUUAGAGCAGUGGCAUAAGGAAACUUGUUCUCAAUAUGACUUGGAAGAUAGAAGAUGUCAUUUUUAAUUCCAUAGCUCAUGAAGGUGCUCUGAUAUCCAAUUCCUCUAUUUUUUCAUUGUAUAAAACAUUGCGGUUUUUCACAAUUCACUAUAAAGUAUUCUUUAUUUUUUAUAACUCCAUUGUCAUUUGUUUUCACUCUUGAAGAGGAACAAAGUGUUUAUGACAUACUUCCCAUGUCACUUUUGCAGUCUCUGCCCUGUGAUCCGUACGUACUCAUCUUCUGGGUCUUUUUGAUGUCCUAUAAAAGUUUACAUGAAAAGGCUUUUCUCAGUUUCAAGAGUCUGAGUAAUCGUUUGACCAAAUGCUUUUAAUUUCCAAUUUGUGAAUGAGUUACCAAAAUAAACUUAGUAAAAGGUAAA